CUGGCUGCACCUGCCCUCGAGCCGCCGCCGGGCGUCACGCCGGACUUCGACAAUCCACCCAACAAAAAUGGCCUCGCCUGGUUCGUGACGACCUUCUGCAUGGCCAUCUCGACCCUCUGCCUCUUUCUCCGGCUCUACGCCAAGGUGUGGGUGCGAAGGGAGACCCGGGCGGAAGAGAUCUUGAUGAUGUUGGCAUAUGGAGCAUACUGGGGCACGGCCUACGCCGGGUACGGCAUGAUCUAUACGCCCGGCUACUUCGUUCACCAGUGGAACAUGCGCAACGGCGACCUCAUCCGGCCACUAUACCUUAUCCUGAUCUACGGCUGCAGCUACUCGGCCGUGCUCCCGCUGCUAAAGACCGCCAUCCUGCUUGACUGGUGCCGCAUCUUCGUCGCCGGCGACCACACCAAGACCUUUUUCUGGUGGGGCUGCAUGUUCAUCAUCGGCGUUCAGGUCAUCUGGGGCAUCGCCUGCAUCGUUCUCCUCAACACGCAGUGCGUACCACACGAGGCAAUCUGGAACUUCUACCUUCCCAGCAAGUGCUACGACCUCAACAAGGUGAUGCUCACGUCCGCCUGCGUCCAGGUCUUCACCGACUGGGUCAUGGUGUUGCUCCCGCAGAGGAUCAUCUGGGGUCUACAGAUGAACUGGCAGAAGAAGAUCGGUAUCUCGGUCAUCUUCGGCGUGGGUUUGCUCGCAUCCAUCUCUGCCAGUGUCCGUCUAGCCACCACCGUUACCUUUGCCCACACGGCCGACACCAUGUAUUUCAUCGCACCGCUUCUCUUCUGGGCGUGCGCCGAGAUGACGUGCGGCUUCUUCAUUCUCUGCGUGCCCUGCCUGCCCAGCAUCAUCAAGGAGUCCGGGCUCUCCGGCCGGGUCAAGAAGAUGCUCGGCAUCAGUGAGAGCUCCUCCAACAAGCCGUCGAACCACGACAUCGUCACGUUUGGCGGCACCGGCCCCGCCUCGUCCAACAAGAAAUCCAAGGCUGGGAAAAGCCUGAACAGCACCUACUUCAAGAUCGAUGAGGAGGAUGGUGGUCUGCCGCUGGGCGACAUCCAGACGACUGAGUCUCAGGAACAGCUGCACCACCAGCAGGGAAACAACGGCCUGCGCAUAACGCGGACGACGCGGGUCACUGUCAGCUCGGACUCGCGAUCG